AAGCAAUCCUCCACAUGGCCUCCUCCAGCCGGACGGAAGCUUGAGUGUUUGAGGUUUGAUCGUUGAGCCGGAGUGUCCAAAGGGGAGAAAUUACGUUAAAUGCGCAGUUGGCACUUUAACAGGGCUUGAAAUGGGAAAAAGUAAAACCACUAAAUUUAAACGUCCGCAGUUUAACACGGUCGGUUUGCCGACAAAUGCUGUGAAGGAAGUGGACGCCGAUGAAGAGGAGCACGAAGCUGAGAGCUGUCCGGCUGCGGAGCUGCUGGAGAAAUUGCAGAGUCCCAGUGCGGAUGUGCGAGAGUUUGCAUGUGCCAGCAUCUCUCGGGUGGUGCAGCAGAGUCAGACCAUCCCAGGUUUCCUCCAGAGGGACGCUGUGAGGCGCCUCGGCCCUUUGCUGCUGGACAGCAGCCUGGCAGUCAGGGAGACUGCCACUGGAGCGCUCAGGAAUCUGAGUGCAUGUGGAGGUCAGGAGGUGUGCGAGGACAUGGUGAAGCACGACGUCAUGACUCCCCUGACAGCACUGCUUAGAGAGAGCUGCGCUGGUUUUGAGGGCGCCGCUGUAACGAUGAAAGACCAGAAGAAUGCUGUGGAGGAUGUAGCCAACGAGGCGGUGAACCUACUGUGGAAUCUAUGUGAGAGCAGCAGCCAGUCGCUGUCUGUGUUCAACAAAGCCGGUCUCCUCGAUUUGGUUGUCCAGUGUCUGGAGAGACACCCACACAACAUGGAACUGUCCUUAUCCGCCGCUCACUGUUUGCACACUGUGACUGAGGAUAACCCAGAGCUGCUGUGUAGCAUGAAUGCUGCUGUGCUUGGAGUCGUGGAGAACGUGCUGCUGACAUCUCAGCAAGACAUGGCACACACUCUCCUCAGGACACUGGCUGCAGGGACGCUGUGGAACAUGAAGGGCAGUUUACCUGCUGCCCGUCAGGCCCAGACCAUCAAUGCUGUGGUGGCCACCUUGUCACAGUGCCUGGAUCUGGACGCAGGUUCACUGAUACCCGAACUCAGACAAGCAGAAGAGACUCGUCACAAAAACACACCACCUGGGGCCGACAUAGAGGACCAGGCUGCAGCAGAAUUGGCUGUGGAGGAGAUGGACAAUGAGGAGGAGGAGGAGGAAGGACCGAAACACAAGAGGAAUGGAAAAGCUGUGAGGGUUGAUAACGACUUCUCUGACCUCUUGCCUAGGGACAAGGAGGAGCUGAGGGAGGCAUCGGCCUUGCUGACAGCCCAGCAAACGUCCUUAGAGAUCAUCGUCAACAUGUGCUGCUCUGAUGACCCUUCUGACGACGAAUGGGAGGAGGAGUCCAGCAGCGAUGAAAGCGACAUGGGUCCGGAUGGCCUUUGUGAUGGCGUGUCCAAUCUCAUGUCUCCACUGUGUUUAUCAGCUGAGGUUCAGGAGGCUUUAAUCAACCACAGCAUCCCAGAAAAGGUUCUCAGAAAGACAGAGUUCCCCCGAAAGGAAGCCAUGGAUGUGUGCCACAAGAAUCCCUCCUGGAGGGGCCUGGAAAAAAAGAUGCAGCGCGUGCAGUCUCGGGCUCUGACCUGCCUCCAUAGCAUCCUCUCCAGCAUGGACGCAGAGUCUCUGGGAGGAGCAGCAGCUCUGCAGGGAGCAGCCCAGCACCUGUCCACGCUGGUUUUCAGUGCAGCAGAGAUUCCCAAAGAGGAGGAGUUCCUCGAGGCCGUCAUCAGCGCCAUGCGGUCUCUUUUACAGAUGAUUGCCUCCAAAAAUAUCUCCCAGUGUAUGACCCCCCAGCAGCUGAUGAGCCUGAGCGAAGCAGCCACCCGCUGCGAUGUUGUCAGCGUGAGGGUCAACGCCGUCGCCAUUCUGGGCAUCACUGGCAGCACAUUAGCGAAAGAGAAGGGCACUGCGGAAACCCUUCAGAUGAUUGGAAACGCCUUACUUCAAGUUGCCACAAAGGAUGCCAACUUGGUUGUAAAUGGAGAAGCCCUGGACGCCAUGUUCGAUGUUUUUGCCGAUGGAGCGGAAGCAGAGACGGCUGCCAAAAACAUCCAGUUACUACCUGCACUGAAGGCACUUCAACCUGUCUUCAAAGCCAAGAUUCGUAAAGAAGGAAGAGGCAGGUAUAGCCCCCAGCAGCUGUGUGUGCUCGACAACAUCAAAGUCAACCUGAGAAGAUUCAUUGGAUAUCUGGAGAAGGUGGUAAAAAAAUGAGGACCUGAUUUGUUUGGACAGAUAUGCCAGCAGGAGUGUGGUGGUGAAACCAUCAAGUAUUUAUUAUGUCGGUAGGAAACCAUUUGUUUUUGCUUGGUUUCAGUGUUAAUAUUCUCUCAAUGAUGAUUUAUUAUUUUAGUUGGUGAUGUGAAAGUUUAUUUGUUGCGAAGAGAGACAGGGUGACAUCUGAUAUUACUUUUUCUAGUUAUAGUUACUGCAAGUUGCAGUAAAGAGAGGUUUUUAUUUUUUGCCCCCUCAGUUGAUAAUGCAUCAUCCCUCCCAAAAUGAUUGUCAGACCUCAGUUUUUAUAAUUUCACGUCCCCUGGUAACAUUUUAAAGAGAUCAUAUGUGGAGAGCCGACACCAGGCUUAACAGGUGUGCCCUUGAUUUUAUGCCAUGUGUCAGUGGGCAACACUUCGAUGUUUGCAGUUCUGGGUGGGAGGCAGAGCUAUUGGGAGGAUUAUUGGGAGGAUUGUAGCAUCAGCUACUUAAAAAGAGAAGAUUUUGUGUUGCGGUUAUUGUGUAAUAGACUCAUAAUUUUUCUGAGAAAAAAAAUUUGCUUAUUGAAAGAGGAUAAAUAUAACAAUUACUCUGUCAUUUCAGUAACUUACUACACUGAAAGGGUUCGGCACGCUCACUGCCAAGGUUGUGAUACCAUUAAAACCUAUUGAAGACAGAUGCAUUAGCCUUAAGAAAUACACACAUAUUCUCUACCUCUGCCUCUCUGCGCUCCCUCCACCUCCCAUCUCUUAGCAGUAAUUGCACACUCUGCCAGGCACACUUCUGCAUGAAGUGGUGGCAUUUCGCAGAGGUAUUUUUGUGAACUUUUCUGCCAUCACGCCAGCAAAUUUUCUACUGGAAGAAUUUUUUGUCAGUAACAUUAUAAAGUAACUGCCCAAACUGAAAACAGAUUAGGUAUCAUGACCACUGUCAAUGAUCAAUCAGCAUCAAAAACUGCUGCAACUGACAACAUGGUUUUACAACAGCAGUUCUAAAAUUAGUAAAUCAAGGAUUUUGCCAUCUGUUUUGCACCUGAUCCACGGAUUAUCAUGGCUUUAGUAACAGAAGGCUCAUUAGCUUUCAUUAAUGCAGUAAAUGGCAAAGAUUGAGGGGUUACUUGCACCCACGAAUGCCAUUUACCUAAAUGUCAGAAUGAACUUUUGAUAGUUCUGAUGUUGUAAGAGUAAGGUGCAGCUUCUCUGGAUUUCUAUAUUUUUGAAGGGAAAUGUUAAUAAAAUUGCAUAUCAUUGAUAAAACACUUCUAAUUUGAGGGAGAUCAUGUCAUUGGGCUGUGAAUGAAUACCUUCUUUUGAAAUAAAUCCUGAUUUCGUAAA